UCCAUGUAUGUCAAAAAUGGAUUUGACAUACCAAUUUGUAAAUACACUGGUGGACACUAACAGUUGAAAAGUUGUUCAGUUCAGUAGUUCACAGUACACAGUUUACAACUUUUCGUUUGUUUUUUGUUUCUUAGUUUAGUUUGUAAAUUUGUGAUAAUGGCUGAUCGUUUAACACAGUUACAAGACUGCAUCAACCAGCAAGCAGAUAACUUCUGCAACAGUAUUGGUAUUUUGCAACAAUUCGCAAGUCCCAGCAAGUUCUCUGGCUUCGAUAGGAGCGGAUCUCAAACACCACAGCAGCAAUCGCAGGAGGAUUAUGUGCAAUUGUUCACAACACUCAUAGCCAGAUGCUCCAAAGACAUAGAUACAUUAAUUGAAUCUUUGCCGAGUGAAGAGAAUUCAACAGAACUGCAGUUGCAGAGUUUGAGGACACUGGAAACGGAGAAUCAGGAGGCAGCAGAGAGACUUGAGGUGGUUGUUAAAAGGGGACAAGAUCUUUUGGAGAAAAUUCAAGCUGCUUUAAGUGAUAUCGCACAGGCGCAAUUGGAUAUGCAACAUAUGAGCAAGAGUGGUGCCAGUGGAAAGGAGCCGACAAUGUAAUUACGUAUUUAUUUUUUUAAUUAUUAUGAAGUAUUAGUU